CCAAUUCAUAAACAGCAGGAAAUAGAAACUUACAAGAGAUACACGCUUCUGAGAAACAGAAACUACAGAGGAAAAAACCCACUGAGCACCGUCCCAGUGACGGAAUACCACAGCUGCCCUUGACUCCACACCGAAAACCACACUUCUCAAACCUUCACUCAAUACUUCCUUCUCCAAAGCCAGAAGAUGCUCAAAGAGGAGCACGAGGUGGCAGUGCUGGGGGGGCCCCACAGCAGCAUGCUCCCCACGUCCACCGUGAUCAACAUCCAGAGUGAGACCUCCGUGCCCGACCACGUCGUCUGGUCCCUGUUCAACACCCUCUUCAUGAACUGGUGUUGCCUGGGCUUCAUAGCGUUCGCCUACUCCGUGAAGUCUAGGGACAGAAAGAUGGUUGGCGACCUGACCGGGGCCCAGGCCUACGCCUCCACCGCCAAGUGCCUGAACAUCUGGGCCCUGAUCGUGGGCAUCAUCAUGACCAUUGGAUUCAUCCUGUUACUGGUGUUUGGCUCUGUGAUCGUGUACCACGCUGUGUCACAGAUCUUACAGAACCAAAGAGUUCACUUGUAGCUGCCCACCGCCUGCCACCCUUGUACUCCACCACUUGCUGCCCUUGCACCUACCUUGCAGCAAGGGGUUUCGGGUCCUGCUCCCUGGGUCCCGCCCCCAGAUGUAGCUGUGUACCUUCACACACCUGUCUGCGAUGGCGCUUAAUAAAGUCUGCGAUGGCGCUUAAUAAAGUCUGCGAUGGCA